UCCAAACACGCACAACAGUAAACCCCUUACCCAUGGAGACUGGGAGAGACAAAAGGCCCAACAAAAACGUAAUCAGAACACCCUCUUCUUCGGAAUUCUGCUUCAGAUAACGCAACAAAGAAAAACUGUUCCACUGCUCAGUUGAGUUCUCAACCCAAAACCACAAAUAAGAAAGACCAACUAGAAAAAUGGCAACACUACCGGCAUUUUCAACUCCUCUAUGUUUAAUCUCCAAAACCCAUUUCAACACUCCUGAAAGACUCUCCUUUUAUCUGAACUCUAUCCAUUUUCAGACCAAAGUCUGCAGCUUUUCUUUCAACAACUUAUCUUUAUCCUUCAAGAAGGACAAAAAUCUGUAUGGGAUUUGGAAACUGAAGUCUGCUGAAGAAGAAGCAGCUGUUCCUAAACAAGAACAACAAGAAGAAGAUAAAACAGCUUCGUCUGAAGAACAAGAGUCAGUUUCUGUCCCUGUCUCUCCUUCAGACGCUCUCAGAAUGUAUUUCCAGGCAGAUGGAACCUUGAAUGAAGCUGAAAUUACAAAAGUGACUAAAGCAUUAGAGGAAAUUGAAGGCAUUUCCAACUUGAAGGUUCAAAUCCUUGAGGGUAUUGGUAUGGUUGAGUUAACAAAACAGACAACAGUUCAAGCUACAGGAGUGGCUUCCAAUUUGGUUGAGAUCAUACAAGGUGCAGGAUUCAAGUUACAAACAUUGAAUUUGAGUUUCGAUGAUGAAGAGGAUGUUCUUGCCUAGAUCAUGUAUUUAGAUUGCAAAAACUACAAAAGAGAAGAAUUUGUAUCUUUGAAGUCCUCAGCUCCUUUUUGUUAUCUCUCUCUCUUUUCUUUUUUUUUUCCCCCCUUUUAAUCACAAAUUAUAGUUAACAUGAAAACAUCAUAUUCUUGAUAUCGAAUUUUUUUUCAAAAUUAUCUGUAAGCCUUUGCAUAAACGCCUUGAGCUGUCACAUUAUUAAUGUAAUAGAGAAAUAAGCAGAGGCAUUUGUGGUUUUGUUCUCCAUUAAUGCCAAUUAAGAAAAGCUGAUCUGAAGCUCUUUUCGGUUCCAUUUCAUCUGUCAAGCAAUGGCUUGGGGAGCUAUGUUAUUCAUUCUAGAGCCAAGAUUCAUUAA